AUGGGCGCGAACGCCGAGGACGACGGGGGCUGGGGGGUCCUGGUGACCGACAUGAGCAGGGAUAUCGCGCAGGACUUCAUCGACACGGGAGGCAGCUUGGGCUACACCGUGGCGCGGCUGGACGGCGAUCUGACUGGGCUGAGGCGCCCGGAGCAGAUGAUCAAGUGGGCGAAGCCCUUCAGCCUCCUGCCUGACAGCGUAUUCAAGCCCGACGAAGACUGGAAGAUCGUAGGUCAGGGGAGGUGGCGAUCAGCCGACCACAUCACCCUGGGAGAGGCACGUUGCGUCGUGAAGAUCAGUCGUCUGGCGGCUGCAACGCCGGCCCUCCACCGCACCGUGCUUCCGAUCCUGGAGGACAACCAGCCCGUGUCGGGCGCGGCCUUUGUCAUGUCGGGGCCGAGGAAGCUGGACAGCACUUCAGCUGAGAAGGUGAAGCCGCACACCCUGGCAGCAUGCAGGGCAGCGGCGCAUCGGCUCAGGCAAUUUGAAGCAGCUUUGGGCCUCGACAUCCACUGGGCGCCCCACUCGGCGCGGGCAGGCUUUGCGAGCGAUUCCGUGGCUCGUGGCAUCCCUUUCCAGGAGAUCAAGGAGGCGGGACGGUGGCUCACAGAGUCCAGCCUCCGAAUCUACGUGGACGUUGUCACCGCCUCUCGGGUGCUGGCGCAGGCUGAGCAGCGAGGGAUCGCAUCGCUCGUGCGAGAGGCGGCCGAGAAGCUGCCCAGCUACUUCCCGAAGGGCAUCUUCGGCGAGGACGCGUGCGGCAAGCGUGCCGCCGACGGGCUGGCGCAAGGGGGAGCGCCGGACCUGGGCGAGCUGAUGGGCGGGGUCCUAGCGGGCGUGACGUGGGCGGCUGUCGCCGUCUGGCUGAUCGCGUGGAUGUACGUGUCGGGGCCGAUGGCCCACUUCGGAACCAUGAUGGGCGUGGCAGCGAGCGUGUCGGUCUCGGCGGGCAAGGUGGUCGACCACAGCCUCGGAGCCGUGAUCACGGCUGCUCGAGGCGUAUCCGAUUUCGCCGUGACCUCGACGCGCCACUCAGCCAACAUCCUGCAGGAGGCGUGGAGAGGCGUGGACAUCACCGACCUACGGGUGCACCAGCGCCACGCCGAGCGGAUCGCCGACGACCCAUCGCUGCUGCAGGAAUGGGUGGUACGAGAGUUUCUUUCAGUGGAGCCACGACCGCCUGGGGCAGACCAGGUAGCCAACACGCUAGCUGAAGCGUCCGUGACACUGCCACACGCAACAGAGAGUUGGCAAAUGUUGGUGUGGCCAGGCCAGUACAGAGAGCUCCACAUGACCUACGAUCUCUCGUCGACCGGAUUCUACGGCGUGCUCGUAGUCGACCGCAUUGUGAAUUUCAGCGUGCAGUGGUCGAAUCCGCUGUGGAGCGGCCUCGAGUGCGACCUCGGGGCCGAGAGAGACACCAUCCUACUCCACAUCAACUCGACCCUCUCCAGGCAUUACUUCAAGGGGCAUGACGUCGAGCUGGAACCCACCGAGGGGUCGAGAGUGAGCCUCUCCGAUGGCAUCCGUGGGCUCUACCAGCGCUGCCUGCUCUACGACAUCACCGUGGUCGCCGCGGGGAAGCGCUUCCCUGCCCACCAGGUGGCAUUGGCCGCGACGAGCGAGUUGCUGCGGGACCACGUGGUGGAGGCCGUCCGGCUGGCCGCCGCGCCCCCGGCCGAGGCCGGGCAGGUGAGCGGCCAGCCUGAGGCUCAGGCGCCCGGCGGCAACGCCGCGGCGCUGAGCAGCAGCGCGGCACCGCGGGAGGGGCCGCCAGGCCAGCCCGAGCUGCGCCUGGACCAGAUUGGCGACCCGGAGGCCGCCCGCGCUUUCCUCGACUACGUCUACGGCAUGGACGGCGCGUACAACAUCACGUCGGACGUGGCGAACGCGGACGUCUUGCGCCUGGCCCAGCAGUUCGGGCUCGCGCGCCUCGAGGAGCGGGCCGCGCACUGGCUGCUGGAGGCCCUGACCACCGAGAACGCGAUCUCCCGGCUGGUGGCACUCCAGGAGUUCGGCCUGAUCAGACAGUACGAGCUGGUGUCGCAGGAACUCAUCUCGAAUCCACUCGCGCUCGAGCAGGUGGCGAGGAAGGCCCAGCUGAUGGACCACCCGAAGAUCCUGCAGGGCCUGCUCGUGCAGGCGGCCCAGCUGUACCGGGAAGGUCAAGCAGCUGACGCGGCAGCGAGCACCAGGCGCAGCCGCAGCCCGAAGCGGUCGUCUUCGUGGUCGGACAGGCGCGCGAAGGCAUCCCGCAAACUUGCGCACGUGGGCGCGUGA